CUCUACGUUUACAAGAGGUAAGACAAGAUGACUCCUACAUGAAGCAGACGUGGAACACGAAUGGGGUGUUUGUUUUUAUGAUUUCUGUCCUCUCUUAUGUUCCUAGCGGAGACUGAUUGUUUUAAAGAAUCGUAACCAUCAUUUCAAGAUGGCGACAUCAGGCAAUGGGACCUUUAUACCAAUGGUAUCAUCUUCACCACCUCCCAUGGAUGAUGUUGCAUUUGAUGAUGAUGAUGACGAAUUCAGCAAUUUCUCCAGUGCACCUGUAGGUCUAGACUCUCCUCCAGGCAAGUGGGUUAGUUCAACUAAGGGAUCGUUUGAGCCAAUCAAACCUGAUCUAUCUGACCCCUUCCAUCCUACAGAUGAUUCCCAUCCUUCUAACAAUCAGGAGGACUUUGGAACAUUUGCAGCAUUUGGGUCACCCAACCCUAGUCAAGAUAAGCAGAACACUAGUGACAAAUUUUUAACUAAUAAUAAUAUAAAAGCACACUCUAUAAAUGGCAAUGAAAGUAAUGAGGAAGAUGAGUUUGCAGAUUUUGCAUCUUUUGAGAAUCAUCCUAUCGGAGGAUCCAGUAAGAGCGACCAAUCAUUUUUGGACAAUGGCAAGUUAAGUGAAGUGUCAUCCUAUGUACUCAAUAAGAACAACUCUCAUGAAAAUUAUGAAUCACACAAUGCUCAUUUUCCUCAGAGCUUAGACAGAGAUGGCAAGGGCUUAAUAGAUAAAAGUCCUGAUGACCUCCACUCAGAUGACAGUACUUCCAUUGGUGGAAUAUCUCCUGGUGAAAUGCCACACACAGGGAUUAAAGCAGGAGGUGUGCUGUCAGAUUCUCAAUCAAGGAUUCCUUCACAGUCUUCUACAGAUUACCAAGAAGCAACUGGUGAACAUAAAGACAUUGUUGAAAAUGAUGAUGAGAGUGAGGUAACAAGAAGAAAAGGUGACUCUUUGACUGCUCAUUUAGAGAAACCAUCAACAGGAUCUCUGAGCUUCUUUAGAGACAGUGACAGACAAACCUUUGAUUCUGGAAUUGACAGCAUCAUGACACCCUCUGAUUCUAGUCCUGAAGGUAAGGAUGAUUGUUCUGGAAAUGUUAUAUGUGAAGAAGAUACAAGCAAUCAUUCACCAAAUAUUGGACCAAAUACUGCAAAUGAUGACGGAUGGGGUGAUUUUGAUAACUUUUCAUCUGCUGAUAGUCAUGCCAAGCAUUCAAUUAAUGCAGAAGCCCCAGAACUGUCAAACACUUAUAGUACAGGUAAAGAAAACACACAAGAAAGUGAUGACUUUGGAGAGUUUGGAUCAGUGGAAAGAACUCAGCAACCUCAAGCAAUUUCAGACAAUACAGGGAAAGGUGUGCUUUCAAAUUCAGAGGGCUGGCCCAAACCUGACUGUGGCAAUACUACAAUUAAUUUGUCAACACCUCAAAGUAAAACAACCGUGCAAUGUGAAGAUGAUGAUGAUGAUUUUGGAGACUUUGACAAUGCUGAAAAAGAAAAGUCUGACAAUGUAAUUUCAUUCAGAAAGCAAGAUGAUGAUUUUGAUGAUUUUGGAGAUUUUUCAUCAACCAAAAGUACUUGUGUAAAUGAAAUCAGCAAGCAAAUUCAAGGAAAAAAUGGUGAUGAUUGGGGGAGGUUUGGUGAUGAGAAAAUACCAAAUCAUUCAGUCGCAACAGCAGCAGCAGCAGGAGAUGAUGAUGAUGAUUUUGGAGACUUUGGAUCAAAUCCUGGUCCAUCGUCUAGUUCUGUUAUGGACCCCAGAAAUGAUGAAUUUGGAACGUUCAGCUCAAAUGAUGGAUCAACACUGGGUGAUUCAAGUGUUAAAAGCACAAAAAGUGAUGAUUUUGGAUUGUUUGGAAGUAGCAGGACUGUAUCAGGUUCAACUAUCCCUCCAGGAACAGGCAGUGUCUCUUCAAAGGUACCCAUUGGUGGAAGGGUGGAAAGGCUCUUCAAAUCCUGUUUCCCUGGGUCUCUUCAAGGAGCAUCAACCAAUCAACCAGUACACACCCUCCAGAAAAUUAUAACAGUUAAAGAACCAGUACCAGCUAAAACCAAGACAGGCAAAAGCUCUGCUACAAAUGGUAUGGUUUGGCUUUCACUCAGUGAUAUGGAGAAUACAAUGGCUCAGAAAUACCACUGGAAUGACUCCAAGAAUAGCGGAAAGCUUCUCUUGUCUCUUGGAAUUGAUUCAAGAAAUAUUCUACCCCCAGGGCGUGGUGGACGUCCUUUGUUUGCCCAGGAGCUUGGUAUGUUAACACCCAGUAAACCUGGUGAGGGCUCUGACAAGAUACCCCUCGGUGGCACUAGUGAUGUCAGCAGUGCAGCAGAAGAUGGCAUAUCAACCAACUCCUCUGUUACUGAGGAUACUGUACCCAAAGCAGAGUUUGACUGGAGCAACAGUGGUCUUAUUAACCCUUUAGAUGUGCAAAAAGUGGAUCCAGAACUCUUGGACCUCGCGGUGAGUCCAUCUGAACCUCCACUCCAACCAGCAUUGACUCCAUCUUCCUCAUCUACCAACCAACCAUCAUCUUCCUCUCAGAGAAAGUCUCCUAAUGCUCUUGACGAGAUCCUCAAACAUUCCUCAUCCUCCAUGGUCAAACAGAAACCAAAGCGAGAGGCAGGUCUCAGUUCUGAAGCCAAUUCUGUCUUAGAUUCACUCCCAGAUCUCUCCUACAUGCUAGCUAAGGUUCUCAUGUUCCCUGUCGCUUCUUCCAACUCUUCAUCUCCAUCCAAACCAGCAGCAAAGAAUGAUGCAGUCCAGGGCACUGGCUGGGCAGAGUCAAUCUCAUGACAUGAUGGUCAGUAAUGUUUGGUCAAUCUCAUGACAGGAUAGUCAAUAACAUGUGGUCAUUCUGAUGAAAGGAUAGUCAAUAACAUUUUAUCAAUCUCUUGACAGGAUAGUUACUAAUAAUUGGUCAAUCUCAUGACAGGAUAGUCAAUAAUACUUGGUUAAUCUUAUGGCAGGAUAGUCAAUAACAAUUGGUCAAUCUCAUGACAGGAUAGUCAAUAACAAUUGGUCAAUCUCAUGACAGAAUAGUCAAUAACAAUUGGUCAAUCUCAUGACAGGAUAGUCAAUAACAAUUGGUCAAUCUCAUGACAGGAUAGUCAAUAACAAUUGGUCAAUCUCAUGACAGAAUAGUCAAUAACAAUUGGUCAAUCUCAUGACAGGAUAGUCAAUAAUACUUUGUCAAUCUCUUGACAGGAUACAAUUGGUCAAUCUCUUGACAGGAUACAAUUGGUCAAUCUCUUGACAGGAUAAUCUGUAAUCUGAUUGGUCUAAAUCGGAUCACAUGAUAUUCAGCGAAUUGCACUAUGGCAUCCAAAAUGCACUAUCCUGCACUCUGACCUCAUACCAGAAGCACUAUCCUGCACUCUGACGUCAUACCAAAUGUACUAUCUUGCACUCUGACAUACCAAAUGCACUAUCCUGCACUAAGAGGUCAGAGUGCAGGAUAGUGUGAGGUCUGGAAUUAUCUAGAAUUGUCUAGAAUUUAGAUCAAAUAUAGCGUUUGGGGCAACUCAGUAACAUUGGGGAGGGGGAAGGUUGUAUAAAACCAACAAUGUAUACAUUCUUGUGCAUGGAGGACCUAAAUAACCAACUCUGUGUUCGAUUCGCCAAAUGGAUAUACCGCACUCGGUCCUGCGUACCUCGGUGCUGUAUAUCCAUUGGCUCUUCUCACAUAUCAUUCAUUACUUAGCCCUACAUGCACGCGCUUAUUUAUAUGCAUCAUUUGUAUAAUAUGAACCUGAUCCAUCUAUACUACAGAAAGUGAACUUUUAAAUUGGGUACCCAUGUAAUAAAGACACAUACCUCUUUGACUUCCGCACUCCUCCUGUUUUAUCCUCCAACAUGUCCCCUUCAAAAUAACAGUUAAGUGCCCCUGCCACCUCUUAUAAGAGCAAAAUGUUUUUGAAUAUCACUAUGAAUAUUUGCUCCCACCCAGUAUUAAAAAAAUAUGUGAAGUUUUCAAAUGAAAAAUGGGGAAAAUUCAUACUUUGUUCCACAACCUGUAGCCUGGCUCAGACAAAAAUAUUGAAUAUCUGCAAAGUGUUAAUGUGUAAAUGAACAUGCAAAGUAGUUAUUACCUCAAGUAAACACAUGUACCUUAGUUUAUUCCAUAGUAUGAAAUUCAAUUUUAAUCCAAAGUCUAAAAAAAUGAUGUCUAGUAUAGCUCUUAUAUUUUGAUCAUAUCAGCACAUAAUGCAUUAUAAUUGCAAUCAGCAUUAGAAUACAUGUAUGUCUCUGUGUAUGAGAAAUUACAAUUAUGGUUACUUUGCCAAUUUGGUAACUCCCGUGGUUACAGGGCUCAACAACUAAAUCAAAUUAAAGGUUUCCAUGGUAGUUACUCUAAUGGCAAAGCUACGUAAUCUUUAAUAAAUAUCCCCUUGUCUUGAUCGUCAAACGAGGCUAAUAUACCGACCAACAAAAUUUGCAUCCCUUUCCUUUGAUUAUAUUUAUUGUGGAAUUCAGUCAAAUAACAUUCAGAAUAAUCUGAAAUAGAGAGCCAAAGUAAAUUAUACGCAAAUCAUUUCUAUUGAUCAUGCUAUUGAGUAAACUAUUGAGGCAUAUACCUGUACUUCUAUUCAUUGUUUUGUUUAUACAUGAAAAAGGAGUUUGAGUGUACAUAAUUACAGAGAAUAUAUAUUGCUACCAGUGCUGAUAUUUCACUACAAGAAUUUGAUAAAUAAUGAUAAUAUUUCAUGUACAGUAUGUAUUAUUCCAUUGAAAACAUGUUUAUAUCUAUGUGAUAUGGAGUAGGUUGAGUCGAUAUUGAGUUUCAUGUAUUUGACUUCCAACCGUUACCGGUAAUAACCAUUAUUUACUACUUUGUAAUGUAACAGAUGUACUGUAUUGCCAUUCUAGUUGAUGAAAAUAAAAGGCACUAAAUUUUUUAUCUCGUUUCUUGUGAGGUAAUUGUUAGACUACUUCAGAAUCAAUGGAGUAUGAAAACAUGAAUGAUAAUUGUGCCAUUACUCUUUAUGUGCAUAUGAAUAUAUGUUCGAUCACGCUAUAAUGAAAUUAGUAUUGUUUCAUUUGCAGCUACAGUACAAUCUUUAUUCUAAUUUUAUCACAAGUAAAAUAUGUAUUUAUGUGUAUUUAUAUGUAUUUCUCAUAUUCCAUUCCAUGAUCCUUCUAAGGAGAUGAUUAUAUUUCACUUUUCAAGAUAUUGAAAGAUUUCAAUUAAGAAUAAAUAUCUAUAUCUAUCUUAAAUUAAAUGAUUUCUAUUUGCAAUCAGAUUUUAGAAGACAGCAUCAAUUAUAAUCGGGUUAAAUUGCUCUCUAUCAAAGAAAAUAUUAAUUUUCCUAUUAUGAAAUCCAGAAUCAUUUGCUGCACAGCCCCAACUAAAUUGAUAUUUGCAUGUAAUAUUUUAAUGAGCAAUUAUGAUUUGGUUUAUAAAAUGUAUUCUCUAUAUUAAUCCUUGUUUUGUAAGAGGUUACUUUUGUGUUAUUUAGAAAUAUAUGUGUAUUCAUCUUUAAAAUCUUAUAUGUAUUCUGAUAUUUCACUGUAAUAUUAUCUGUUCGCUCUGUUAGUAUGAAUUGGUAUACUAGUAUAUUUGUAUUAUAUACUUACAUCAUACUUUGCUCAAUACUAAUAAUAUACUAGUUCAAUGUUAGUUGACUUGCUGACUCUGUCUGGGACAGCACAUGAUAAUUACUUUCCAAAGAUAAGGCUACUCAACAUUCCCCAAUAAUUGUGAUUGUUUGCUGCCCUCUACUGAGAGAAUGCAGACAUUGUGUAAAUGUGUACAAGUCUUUGUUCUACUGCAUGUUUGUGUGUCAUGCUUGCUUUUUCCUUUCAAUUGAUAUUGAGCUCCUUUGUAGACAAAGAAAUAUUUCUUGUUACCUCAAAAAUAGUUUAGGCCCCAGGCAGUAACUUUCAUGGGUAUUGUUUGUUCUUUGCAGCAUCUAGAAUCACAGUUCAUUUAUAAUGUUGACUGAACUAGUCUACCUACUGCAGAUUGCAAGAUUCUUGGAACUGAGGUUAAAGUUUCAUGAUAAAUAUAUAAAUUAAUACCAUGCCAUGAUAGUUAUUGAUUACUGAUAGACUUUGUCACUUUCAGAAAGUAACAUAAAUUAUGCAGAUUUAGUUGUAACAUUCAUUGUUACAGUAGCCUAAAGGUGUUCUCCAACUUUCCCAAAGGCAAAGUUAUAUAGCAAAAUACAAUCUUCCUGUUUGUAAAGUUACAUGCACUUUCACCGUAUGAGCCUCUGAAUAUACUGGAAUUGAGCCAGUCCCUGUGCGUUGGGUCGCUAUAGAAGAAUUAUUAGAGUUUGUUUAAGGUAUGAUGACACAUCAUUAGCUGCUGUAAUGUAGUUUUAAAAGGAUUGGUUUGAGAGCAAUGAGUUGUAUUUCUCUGCUGUAAUUGAGCCUGUCAGGUCACAGGAUAUUGGAGCCACAGAUAGUGUGCUUCUCACUCUAGCACCUGUUGAUGGUCUUUGUUUAAGAGAAGUAAUCAAGUGAGUGGAUAGCAGUAAUCAAACUGACAUAACUGGUCAUCAUACUGUCCAUUUAAAUUGACCAACUUGGGCAGUGACCAGACUCUUGCCAAGUUCAUGGUCAUGUCAUUCAUUCUCUCCUACCUUAAUAAGUAGUGAUUAUCUUUUCUAUUCAUUCUUUGCUUUUUACAAUUAUUCUUUGAAAGGACUCUACCUUUUAAUUAUUAGGGUAAUAUACUAUCAUGGGGGUAAUUCCUAUAUCAAAAUAUGUGAGUAACUGUUUUGCAAAUUGGGGAAAAAUACCAGGAUCUGUAGCUAAUUCAUCUUGCAAUAUCCUUCUGAAAAAAAAAUGGGACUGAUUUAAGGGGGGCGGGGGGUCAUUAAUAACAAUAUUAAAAGUAGACAAACUAGCCAUUAUCCAAUCAUAUGUGAAAAUUUAUGUAGCUAUUAAUAGUUACUGUGAAUUUUGUGAGUACAUUUUUUAUGGGACAACCAAGGCUGGCAAUGUUUCAUCUAAACUUAGCUGGUUUUCAUUGAUUAAAUCACGUUGGAAAUAUGAAAAUUAACAAAUCAAUAUUUGAUACGGCAAAAUGGGUAAUAUAUUUUACUGCAUAUUGAGGGAGUCAACCAGCAGACCUUGAAGUGUUGAAAAAGAAAUAUUUUAAUUAGAUGACUGAUGUUUUACCUUUAAGUAGUUGAGUAAGACUAAGAUGAGUGUGACUCACAGUAAAGCAAAUGUCAUGUAUAAUUGAAAGGAAGAGGAAAAGUGGCUGUAGAAUGUCUCUACUAACUAAUGAAUUUAGUUUUUAUCAUGGUUAUCUGUAAGCUUAUCUCAUUGAAAAUGAAAUUGAAAACAAAAGUAGGCCAACAGAAGAACAAAGAAUCAUAGAUACAACUAUUAUGAUAUAAGCUUUCAUUUUAAAUAUAUUUUUUGUUUUUUUGCAAUAAAAAAUCUGCAGUAUUUUGUUUUAGAUGCAUGAACAGAUCCUGGUAAAUUUGAAGUUAAUAUCAUUUUGUGACCCCACCCCAACCCCGUGAAGAAAAACAAUUCCACAAACUCAAAUAAGUCAGUUGAAUGUUUAUAAUGACACUGGCAUUGCCACUUAUGAUCAGAUUAUAAAGAUAUUUUGUUCUUUGUUUGAUGAAAAUCAUGAUAUCAUUCAGGAUAGAGAGUCAUGUUAAAUUAGAUAACACAGUGUAGUUGAUUUAGAUAGUGUAAAAGUGCAGUUGUAGGCUUCCAUAAGUCUUUUAUCAUACAAUCAUGAUUCAGUGUACUAUACUUGACAAAUCAAUCAUAUCUCUUACUUCUACUCAACUUGGUCCUUAUAACUGAAUAACUAAAUAGCCCACUCCCCUAUUCUAAACUCAUAGUCUUAGUUUUCUAGUUGUCCCUAGUUACAAAUCAAGAUAUACAUGUUUCUUUCUGUUUCUUUUAUCAAUGGAGCCGGCUGGGUGAGAGAAAACAAUUCUUUUUUUUCUUAUGAAUGGUAAAAAAAUGAGACAGCCUUGACAAAGGCAUCAGCCUUCAUGGUAGAAGAGAGAAGCUAUUGUAUCAAAGUUUAAUAACAAGGUGUUGUAACAAUAGAAAACACAAACAGAUGUAAUAUGUUCAUGCCCAUCACAGAUAUAUAAAUAUACACAGGUAUAAACAUGUUUAUGUCAGAAUAGUAUUGGUGUAUCAUCCAAUUGUGUGUUAGGAGACUUCAGUAGUGGUUGUUCUUUUAUUUGUUUUCCAUAACUGCUUUACAAACAGGAGUCAUAAGAUACUGCCUUGCUGUUUUUAAACAUAGUCAACAAUGCAGUAGCUAAACAACAAUAUGUUGAAAUUUUCAAUUCUAUUUGAAGUAUUUUCUGAGAUCAAUUUACUCUUUUGCUUAUUUUCUUCACCAUUCAUAUUGUGAGCAUAAACCAAGGGGCUACUAUUUUCUAAAUGUACUUAUAAUGGGGAUCUCAUUUUACGUCAAGAACUCUUUAACUGUACUUUAGCAAAAUCUAUAUGGUCACUGGAUAUGAUACACUAGUACGUGAAUGUGACUUAACUGUACUCUUGCUGUCAUAAUAUAUUUUUUAUAUGAUGUCAUUAUAUACUAAUCCAAUAAAAUUUCAUUGGAAAAGCUUGAUUUCAUGCAUAUAGAAAAAAAGUAUAUUGCCAUGGAUAUGGAAUGUUUAUGAUCUUCAUCUUUUUGUUUUAAUUCGAUGCUUUUUCUUGUUUCAUUUUAUGUUUACAUUUUCCCCUUUCCUUUAAUAGUGUGAAUUGCUCAAUAAUUCAGUGUAAAUAUUAAAUCAAACCUUAAUUAAAACUGAACAGUAAUAUUAAAAAUUUUC